GUUUUGUGGUGGUCUGGAAUGGUGUUUGUUGAUGAGGUGUCCCCACCGUAAUAGCUGGUGACAAAAUGUCCACGAUGCUCAGUCUCCUCAGCAUCACACUCCUGACCAUUGCAGCCGAACAAAUAUACGCACAAGAUACCACAAAGGAGCAUCAGGGACUUCAACCAUGUGGUGGACACUUGAAGGGUCCCGUGGGCACGAUCACUACUCCAAACUUCCCUAACCCGUUCCCUGUCCCGAUAAAGUGCAAAUGGAUAAUAGAGCAUGACAUAGUGAACGGGACCAUCUCGGUAUACUUCACGCAGCAGUACACCACCACCGGGCUCACCUUCACCGAGUACUUGUACUACGAUGAGUCGUACAAGCUUGGGGAGCGGAGGGCACUCACCCUUACCGACGAGAAUAUUACAAAAAUCAAAUGGCUUCAGAAGACUUGCUUGAAGAACGCAAACGUCAUACUCCUAAUCAAUCUAAGAAUAAACAAGGCAGCUGUACCAGAACUAAUAUAG